UUUUCACAAGACACAGUUGUGUCUGCUAAAGGAAAUCUGAAAUCCAUUUGGCAGAACAAUUUAAAACUUUAAAGGCUUUUCUUGAGUGACAUGAGACCUUCACAAGUGGAGACCAAGUAAGAAGAUGGGAGCGAACAGCAGCAGUAUUAAUGAGCUUCCAGAAAAUGAGUACUUAAAAAGAUUGUCGGGACAAGAAGUGAUCUCGGAGAAUGACCCAUUUUGGAAUCAGCUGCUUUCUUUUAGCUUUAACACACCAACUAACAGUGCUGAGCUAAAGCUUUUGGAAGAAGCUGCCAUCUCGGUAUGCAAGUCUUUAGUGGAGAAUAAUCCUCGGACAGGAAAUCUUGCUGCGCUGAUUAAAGUCUUCCUUUCUAGAACCAAAGAGUUAAAAAUCUCAGCAGAAUGCCAAAACCACCUCUUUAUCUGGCAGGCUCACAAUGCACUGUUUAUUAUUUGCUGCCUGCUGAAGGUGUUGAUCUGUCAGAUGUCAGAAGAAGAGCUGCAGCUUCAUUUUACCUAUGAAGAAAGGACACCAGGUUCUUACGGAACAGAAUGUGAAGACCUUAUGGAAGAGUUACUGUGCUGCCUCAUUCAACUAAUUGUUGAGAUUCCCCUUUUAGACAUAACAUACAGCAUUUCCUUGGAAGCAGUGACAACACUUGUUGUUUUCCUUUCCUGUCAACUUUUUCACAAGGAAAUUCUCCGGGAAAGCAUUGUUCAUAAAUACCUCAUGCAUGGCCGAUGUCUCCCAUUGACCAGCAGACUUGUGAAAACUUUGCUGUAUAACUUCAUCAGGCAAGAGAGAAGCCCUCCACCAGGCACCCACAUCUUUCAGCCAGAGUCGGAUGGAGGAGGACUGCUUUAUGGGCUUGCGUCAGGAGUAGCAACUGGCCUGUGGACAGUGUUCACACUAGGAGGUGUGGGAAGCAAGCGGGCUCCUCAGCAGGAAGAAUCUUCACCACUAGCAAAUCAGAGUCUUCUGCUGCUGCUUGUCCUGGCAAAUCUGACCGAUGCACCAGAUACACCCAACCCUUAUAGACAAGCUAUUAUGUCUUUCAAGAACACACAAGAUAGCACAGCUCUUCCUUCACCAAAUCCUCACACUUUCCAGAUCAAUUUUAAUAGUUUGUAUACCACUCUGUGUGAGCAGCAGAACUCUGACCAAGCAACCCUCCUUUUGUACACUCUGUUGCAUCAGAACAGCAAUGUUCGAACAUAUAUGUUGGCUCGAACAGAUAUGGAAAAUCUGGUGCUGCCGAUUCUUGAGAUUCUUUAUCAUGUUGAGGAAAGGAAUUCACACCAUGUGUACAUGGCUCUGAUAAUUCUGUUAAUCCUUACUGAAGAUGAUGGUUUCAAUCGUUCCAUUCAUGAAGUGGUAUUGAAAAAUAUCACUUGGUACUCAGAACGUGUGUUAACAGAAAUCUCACUGGGGAGUCUCCUGAUACUGGUUGUAAUAAGAACUAUCCAGUACAACAUGACAAGAACAAGGGACAAAUACCUUCAUACAAAUUGUUUGGCAGCUUUAGCCAAUAUGUCAGCACAGUUCCGCUCACUUCAUCAGUAUGCCGCUCAGAGGAUCAUCAGUUACACCUGCCGCCACUUGCGGAGAUAUGUCUAUGUCUUGGACAAACUCUAUUUCCCCCACUCCCACUGCUCUACGCUGCAGCAUUGCUUCUCAAGCCUCAGUGACAAUGGAGAGGAGCUGCUGUCUUUAACUUGUUCUCACAUUCUCAGAUCCUAUGCUUCCAGUUUAUUUGCAUUGUUGUCAAAAAAACACAACAAAGUUUUGGAACAAGCCACACAGUCCUUGAGAAGUUCCCUAGCUUCAGAUGACACUCCACUUCCAGAUUACGCCCAGGACUUGAAUGUGAUUGAAGAAGUCAUCCGCAUGAUGUUAGAGAUAAUAAACUCCUGUUUGACCAACUCUCUGCAUCACAACCCUAAUUUAGUGUAUGCAUUGCUUUAUAAGCGGGAUCUCUUUGAGCAAUUUCGAACACACCCUUCUUUCCAGGAUAUAAUGCAGAAUAUAGAUCUGGUGAUCAGCUUUUUUAGCUCACGGAUUGAACAAGCUGGAGCUGAGCUAUCAGUGGAGCGAGUUCUGGAAAUCAUCAAGCAAGGAGCCGUUGCACUGCCCAAAGACAGACUCAGAAAAUUUCCAGAACUGAAAUUUAAGUACGUGGAGGAAGAACAACCGGAAGAGUUCUUUAUUCCUUAUGUCUGGUCCCUGGUGUAUAACUCGGCCGUGGCGCUUUAUUGGAGUCCCCAAGAUGUCCAGCUCUUCACAAUGGACUCCGGCUGAAAAGCUGAGCAAGUCCAAAGCCAGUGUGUAGACGCGACCACCCCAUCCCAGAUGCCGCCCUUCAGCCUGACUCCUGCUACGAAGGAAGCUUGUUACUCUUGCACAGCACCACGGCAGUUUUUAAGGGACAUGCUAGAAGUCAGAAAAUUGUGGGGACUAUGACAAGAUUAUAUGCUAACUUUAAUUUAUAUAUUUGUAAAGCCAGGAUAUUUUUCAUUGGCAGUGGCUAUUGGGAGUGCUAAGCACGAAGUCAGAUGUUAGCAAUGACAAGCUUUUAAAAAAUAAAUACAUUAAAAUGGGUGAAUGCAGAAAAGAUACUCUGUUUUGGGAACUCAGCAAUUAUAAUUUGAUUUCCUUCUAGGCCUGGUUGUGCUUCCCUGUUUUUUGUUUUUGUGGGGGUUCUGUUUGUUUUGCUAUGGAUUUCUCAUUUGAUCACUGCAACCGUAUUCCCCCUUUUAAUAUUGUAUGUAAUGGAAAUAUUGUUUGAAUUAGUGCUGUUUAAGAUACGUUAUGUCAUAAAUUCUUGACUUUUAUAAGUUUGUCCUUUGCAUGAGAGAAAAAUUUCCACCAGGACAUGUGGUUUUGCUAAGGCACUAAAAUCGUCUUUCAGGCUACCAAGUAUUAUUUAAAAAUUAAGAUGGACCAUCAGGAAUACCUUUUAUCCAAGAUCAGCCAUCCCAGGAAGGCUUGUUCAAGAGAUGCAUUCGAGAGCUGGACCCCACCAGCUGUUUCCGGAGAGCAUGUUGUAUCGCACAGGUGCCUGUUGCCCGCGUUUUCUUCGUAUCUUCAAAACAGUGAAGAAAAGCACGGCUGUAAUAGGGGUUAAAAUCCCUCCUAAACAUACUGUGCUUUCGGGGAUGGGGGGUGGUUUUGCCAGUGAACUGCACAGAGAGAUGCGUAAUAUCUCUGAAUGUCUGAAAAUGGAGGUCCUACACUGUUGUGGGGAGGGGGGUGUCCUUCCUGAUUUAAAGGGAAUUGGCAAAAUAAUGUGUCAGUUGGAGAGGAACGGGGAAAACAGGUGCGACGUCAUCUUUUCACAUGGAAUGUGGACUUGUGGCAGCUCCCUGCACGUGCACAGAAACACACGCCACAUUGCAUGGGAACCGAUAACGCAUGCUUCUACUUCAGUGCCUCGCCUGCGCAGUCUGUUACAGAGCAAACACGGCACACCUUCAUUACGGAAAGAAAGGGGCUGACCUUCUUCUGAAUGGCUUUCUGCAGGACCUUUUGCUUUCUUUUCUAUUUGCCUCCUGGGAAACAUUAAAAUUGUAUUUUUCCUUCUGCCUUUUUAUCAGCAACGUCAUGGAAGCUAUUGCAUACAAUUGGCACAUAAAAUCCCCUUCAUAUUUAUUUAAAAUUGCAAAUGUAGAGGCACUUACCUAGCAAAAGAGUUCAUAGAAUUUUGCACAGAGACGAUUUAGGGGAAGUGGCAAUAUGAAGACGGGAUCGUCAGCAUUUUCUGUGUAACAUAUUAAAAAUGGGAAGGUGACCGAAAAUAGGAAUGAUGUUUUAUGCUAUGUUUGGGCUUGUCUUUCUUUUUUGAUACCUUGGUCAAAGGCAGGGAAACUCUUUGUAGUGUUCUCUGCAACCCUUUACUUCAAAUAAAGGACUGUUGACGGCA